AUGGUGUGUCAUCAGAAGGUGCUGGGGGUUUUCACCACAGAGGUCAUUCCUGCAGGUACCCACUUCGGCCCGCUGCUCGGAGAACAUCUUCACCCUAAACAUUUGCCUGCAAACAUCAACGGAAAACACAUCUGGAUGAUCUUCUCAGAGGGGCAAUUGCAUCACUUCCUGUCUUGUGAGGAUGAGAGAGGCAGCAACUGGAUGCGCUUUGUAAACUAUGCCCCGUCUCCUUGGCAACAGAAUCUUGCCACAUUCCAAAUUGGAAUGCAGAUUUACUUCUAUGCCAUGAAGGUUCUAAUGCCGGGGGAGGAGCUGCUGGUGGGGCGGAGCCUAAAACACGAGCAGCCAAUGAGCACCAGCCUCAGAACUGCCUGUCUAAAACAGCCACUUCCCACACACUCUCGUUCUCAGCAUAAAGAUGAAGUGAGGAGGAGAAAGCGAGGUCACACGGUCACUGAAAUCCUGGAUCUGGAUCGCUGUACUGACCAUCACACAGAAACUCUUCCAAACCAACCGUUUAACUCCAUCACACAAACGAAAUAUGGGGAAAAAGGGACCAGAGACCUGCAGAAUCCAAAAUUACCUCCAUUUUUAAUGACUAAUGCCACCUCUGAGGUCUCUUUAAACUUGAAAAUGGCAUCUAGUGUAGGGAAGCAUGUAUACACCUCUGCUAUCCCACAAUCCUCUAUGCCAAUGUAUACAUGGCCUGUUAUUCAAUACAUGCCGUCACAUCAGCCAGUGAGAUUUGGCCGAAUGUGCCAUAAUAUUCCACCAAUCCACAUGUAUCCAUCUCUCUGGCAUCCAACAUCCAAUGAAAAUCAUUUGUCAUUAGUGUUGACCAAUAGAGGCGACCCCGUAAUUAAAGUGACAGACUCUGUAAAGAGAGAAACGAAUCGUAAAGGCUCCACAAACCAACCACCAGCCCUCACUAAAGCAACCGAUCCGUCUCCGGCUGAAGUGUCUAGUGCUAAUGACAUCACAGCCCAGAGAGACUCACCUGAGAUGGGCGUGGCUUCCUCGGGUGUCUCCGCCUCCGCCUGUCACGGCACAGAGUCUCAGGCUGGCCAAAAGCGACAGACUGUAGGUUACAAGACUUUACCGUAUCCAUUACAGAGACAGAAUGGAAAGAUCCAGUAUGAGUGUAACGUGUGCGGAAAGAACUUCAGUCAACUGUCCAAUCUGAAGGUGCACCUGAGGGUUCACAGCGGUGAGAAACCAUACAAGUGCAAUAUCUGCAGGAGGAACUUUUCCCAGCUGGCUCACCUUCAAAAGCACAUCCAGGUUCAUACGGGCGAGAAACCACAUGAAUGCCAUGUGUGUAACAGGCGCUUCAGCAGCUGCAGUAACCUGAAGACUCACCUGCGGCUGCACUCGGGCGAACGGCCGUACAUCUGCAAGCAGUGCCCCGCCAGCUUCACCCAGCACAUGCACCUGCGGCUGCACAGACGCCUGCACGCCACCCCACGCUCACACCACUGCCCGCACUGCUCUCGCAGGUACACACACCUGUGCAGCCUGCAGAUCCACCUGCACCAGUUGUGCCCCGCCUCCAGCCUCACAGGCUCCGCCUCUCAGCUGUGCCGAGCCAAUGACGAGAUCCAGAGGUUUGAUCUGAGUGAAGAGGCAGGGAAGCUUGAGGCUGGCAUGGAGGCGGAGUCUAUAAAGAAGAUGUGUCAGGAGAUCUGGGCGGUUGCAGCUCCACCGGUCACCCAGCAGGGAGCAGCACAGGCCCAAACAAUGACACCUGAUUCAUCCAGCUCUCUUUCUCCAGAGGUUUCCAUUAGACAGGAAGAAGGUGAUCAGUAAAUUGUCUGAUAUGUUAUUAUUGAAUUAAAUUAGCACUUUUAUUCA